AUGGUCAAUACUCCUGGCGCCACUGCGCCAAAGACGCCUCCCCACGGCGUCGACGCUGUCCCCCAGCUCAAGUCCACCCCAAAUGCAGUUGGUUCUGCUGUUGUUAGCGAACAUAUCAGUACUCUAGGUGUCGACGUCCACGAUAUCCGUCUAUGGAUUACGCGGGACGUUCAGGACUUCAGCAGAUGCGAAUUCGAUGAAAUGCUGCGGGAGCUCCUUUAUCGCUGCAGAGAUCCCUCAAAAUCCCCUCCGACUGACAAGUCGACACUACUUAACGAUUCCUUCCAAGCCGUCCUACCCCUCUGCCACCAGACCAGCGCCGCUCAGGACUAUCAACAGACAUUUGUCUGA